CGUGCUGUGUGUGUAUUCAGCUUAUUCAUAAUGAACCGAAGCAGUGUGCUGAUGACUCCCGCCUUCUCCAUGAGGGAAGCAGCACAGCCAGGACUCUUCCUGCAACCAGUCUGGGACUAUGUGCUAUCUAAAGAGCACAUCAUCAGAUCUCCCUUCUAUCCAGUGGUGUUCUCCUUCACCGUCUACAUGGCUUUCUGUCUCCCUUACCUGGCAUUAGAUGCCCUCUGUCUCAGAAUACCAGCCUUGAAGAAGUACCAAGUGCAGCCUAAAUCCAGACCCACGUUGGCCAUGGUGCUGCACUGCUUGGCACACACCAUCUACAGUCACCUGGUCUUCAUAUUUCCUCUGAGCGUUGCCUAUUGGUACUGGAGACCGGUGCACCUGCCAUCCCUGGCACCUGAGCUGCAUCGCAUUGUGUUGGACAUCAUUGCCUGCAUGCUGCUCUUUGACUUCCAGUACUUUGCCUGGCACUUGCUGCAUCACAAGGUGCCCUGGCUGUACAAGAACUUCCACAAGACACAUCACAAGUACACUGCCACCUUUGCCCUGGCAACACAGUACUCCAGUGCAUGGGAGAUGCUGUCAUUGGGGUUCUUUGCUAAUGUCAGUCCGAUAAUGCUGGGGUGUCAUCCUUUAACUGAGAUGGCCAUUUUCAUCAUCCAUAUCUACCUGUCUGUGGAAGAUCACUGUGGCUAUGACUUUCCCUGGUCGGCACAUAGACUGGUGCCAUUUGGCUUAUGCGGGGGGCCAGGACAUCAUGACCUCCAUCACGAGAAGUUUGUCUGGAACUAUGCACCUUACUUUACUCACUGGGACAAACUGUUUAAUACACUAGCAAGGCAGACAUCCAAGGAGUCACAUGACUGAGGUCCAUGCACAGACUGAAUUGCCAAAUGACAUCUUCAUCUCCAAGGCAUCUGAUGCUACCCGAUUGAAGGAAAGGGCACUGGACUGUGCUCUCCAGGCUCUGAGAUGUCUGUGCCACAAAGCUGGGCUACCAGUGUUCAAUAGACUCUCUGUUCUACAGGGUUUUCAGAAUAAGAGGUUAUCAACGACCUAUCAACCGAUAAGAUUUGCACUUUAUGAAAAAAAAAUCAUUUUUAUACAUAUUUAUUACACUAUUAUGACUCAAUAGUGAUACUUUUAUAAAAAAUUGUGCUGUACAUGUGUUAUUUAAAUUAUAUAUAUUAAAUAUAUGCUAAUUAAGUUACUUUUAAGGAAUGCACAAUAGUGAAAUUCUGAAGAAGAAAACAAUGAAGGAAGCUUGUGUUGUACACUGAAGCUAUAAGGUACACGUUACACAGAAGAAUGUCAUAGUACGUAUGCAGUAUGUUCAGGACAGUAUAGCUGAUAGUUGAAGGAUUUGAUAAAAUGUAUGUUUCUACUGCACUGAAAUAGUCAUCAUUGCUUUAGAAGGUUCAGGGAAUUGAUGUUAGAAAGAACUAAUGUAUGUUUGUUUGUAAAAAGGUAUUUAAGGAAAAAGGAAGGUAUUUCCGAUCACCAAAUAAGCUAAUUUGGUAUGUUAAUGAAGUAAAGUGCAUAAGUUGAGAGAUGAUCUAGUAAAGCGUUUUAUGUUUUUUUUUUUUGUUUUUUUACUUUUACCUUAUGUAUUUGCACUAAACACAGCUGGCUGUGAAAAUCAUGUCCUCAACCAUUUCCCUAUUUUUUAUACGAUGCUGUAAAUAUUUAUUUUGGUUAAAAAA